AUGACUCGACCACACCCUCAAGAGCGCGUAGAAGAUGCUAAGGCAAAAUGCCCUGGAGCUGCCGGCGUCCUGGUUGCAGACUUGACAAGCGUGACAGAGACUCGCAAACUGGCCGAGCAAGCAAACGAAAUUGGUACGUUCGACGCCGUCAUUCUGAGUGCCGGAUUGCUUUACGGCCCAUUCCGCAAGACACCAGAUACUGGAGUGCCAGCCAUGGUCUUCGUCAACGUUAUCACACCCUAUAUUCUCUCUUGUCUCCUUAAAAAGCCUAAGCGCCUUAUCUUUAUCGCUUCUGUUCUACACCGAGAAGCCAACACCAACGUGAAGGAUAUUUUCUGGCUUGAGCGCGGGGAAAAGGAAUUCCAGGAUUUCUCGGCAUACUGCGAUUCAAAGUUCCACAUUAUGCUUCUUACUAAUGCGCUUGGAGGUCAAGGUGGCACCGACAAGCUGGAGGAUGGUGUCGAGACAUACGUCAUGCUGGCCGAAGGUGAUUACGAUCAAAGUCUCACUGGUUUAUAUUUUGAACCCAAAAGGAAGAUCGGUGAACCUCUUGCAGCGACAGCGGACGAAAAUUUGCAGGAGAUUGUCGUUAAAGCUUGCGAGGAUAUCAUCGGUCUUAAGCUAGUAGCUUAA